AUGGAGGUGUCAACCCCCGUUGCGACGCCGUCGACAAAUGGUGUACCAGCUGCUCCAUUCCCUACAAUCGAACCCGAACGCGUGGUUGAAUACUUGGCCAGCGUAUGCACAAUCGCUCUGGGCGCUACACAGGACGAGCUUGAGCAGCCAGGGAACCUGCUGCAUAAGAGCCGCUAUGGCGACACGGUGUCGAGGUGCACGCGAUUCGCGACGGAUACACAGAGCGUUUUGUAUAUCCAAAAGGACAUCGCUGCCUCGUCAGCUGUCGAGAACGGCACGGAAAAUGCCACACCCCCAUCGUUUAGCUACACCAUUUCGAACGAACUUACAUCAUCCCUGAAUACGGUCGCCUCCCUCGUCCUAAUCAAAACUCCUCAGCCUAUCGAUCCGAUCCGGCCUCUUCAUUCACAGAUAUUCAUUACUAAUUUACCUGGGCCUGCGUCGCUUGCCGCUGCGGCAGCCGACCAGGGUCCUGUACUUUCCCCAUGGGAGGUUCUUCAUUCUCAGGUCCACCACGCGAUCGUGCCAUACUUUGACGCAAACACCAAAUCUCAACAGGCGACGAAUGGGCCACGUGGUAGGCAAGACGUGGACGCGAAGACUGGUAUCCCCGUGACGAAGAAGAGGUUAAACGAUCUGGAGUUGAGCUUGCUGCACCUGCAACAAAAUGUUGACAUUCCAGAGAUUUCUCUGAGCUUUCAUCCGGGAGUUCAACAGGCCCUCGAACAAGCCGAAUCUGCCCACACGAAGCCUACGGUCGACUCUAUGCCGAACGACUUGUUGCAAGACAGCUCGUUCCUCAACAGACUACAGGCAACGGUCAAUGCAUGGGUCAAGUCUAUCUCAGGGGUGACGAGGAUGACUAGAGAUGAUACUACUUCGAAUUCCAACCAGCAAUUCAACACUGCGAGCCAGGAGGUCAAUUUCUGGCUUUCGAUGGAAUCUGCCCUGGAAGGCAUUGAAGCGCAACUGAGGAGCGACGGUGUGGUCCUCACACUUGAUAUAUUGAAGCACGCCAAGCGUUUCCAGGCGACCGUCAGCUUCAAGACUGACACGGGUCUGACCGAGGCGAUGGACAAGGUGCAGAAAUAUAACCAGCUCAUGCGAGAUUUCCCACUCGACGAGCUGCUGUCGGCAACAUCUCUGGUCAAAGCUCAAGACGCUAUCCGCGAGAUCUUCACCCAUCUCAACAAGAAACUUCGCAUCUGCCCGUACCCGAUCCGCCGCGCACUUCCACUCGUCGAGGCUAUCUCAGCCGAUCUGAACGAUGUGCUUCAUCGCUUGCUCCCUGGCACUGAGCUGGUCAAUCUCGACUAUGAGCAAUUUCGGACAAUCAUGCGAUCAUGCGAGGACAUUUUCCGCGUUUGGGAAGAAUCUGUCAAAGAGUUCACCAACGUAGCACGUGAGGUUACCCGGCGACGCAACGAGCGGUUCAUUCCCAUCAAGAUCAACAAGAAGCAUUCCGAGCUCGAGUCUAGGAUUCGCUAUGUGGCUAAAUUCCGUGACAACCAUGAGCAGCUGCAGCGUACGAUUGUCGACGUGCUAGGACCUCAAGCGACUAUCACCGGCGUGACCGAGACGACUGGAGCGGAUGGCGUGGUCGUUGAGGAAAUGGGUGACGUGGACGCUGUGGAAGAGGUGAACCAGGCAUGGGAAGCACUGCAAAAUGUCGAUCUGCUUGAUGUGACGCAGCAGGGCAGAGAUCGCUUCUCCUUGGCCGAGAACCUCUACAACGAGCGUACCACACGCGUGGAGAACUCCAUCAUCACAAGACUGCGGGAUCGCCUGGGCACCACCAAGUCAGCCAACGAAAUGUUCCGGGUCUUCUCCAAGUUCAACGCUCUCUUUGUGCGACCCAAGAUCCGUGGUGCUAUCCAAGAGUACCAGAAUCAGUUGAUGGACCACGUGAAACAGGCUAUAAACUCUCUUCAUGAGCGAUUCAAGCAGCAGUAUGGUCGAUCAGAAGCUCACGUCAUGUCUCAACUUCGCGACAUUCCUCCCGUAUCUGGCGCUAUCAUCUGGGCACGACAGAUCGAGUUGCAGCUCGAUGGGUAUAUGAAGAAGGUUGAGGCGGUUCUCGGCCCUGGUUGGGAUAUGCAUGCCGAAGGCAAGAAGUUGCUGGAUGAAAGUGAGCUUUUCCGGGACAAGCUCAAGACCGACAAGAUCUUUGAUGCCUGGGUAGGCGAGGUCACCCGCAAGAAGAUUUCAAUUGCUGGCCAGUUGUUUGAGAUUGCUCGCGUCAGGUCGGCCGGCGGCACCCUGGAGCUCACAGUCAACUUCGAUUCGCAGAUCAUCACUCUGUUUAAGGAGACGCGUAACUUGACGUGGCAGAGCUACGCUGUUCCCCACGCCAUCACCACGGUAUCUAAGGAUGCGAAGCGCGUCUAUCCCUAUGCAGUCAGUUUGAUGGAGAGCGUCCGGACAUUGUCCCAGACGCUUCGCCAGCUUUCGGACAUGGGUAAUGAGGCAGUCCUGCUCAACGGCUACCGCAAUGACGUUUAUAAGCUCAUCAGCGAGGGUGUUCCCCUGCGCUGGGAAUCGUUUGUCAACUCCCACGAGCUCUGGCAGAGUGAACAACAGCGCCAGACGCGCAUGCUCCUGCCUGGAGGUGCAGACUUUGGGACAUCCAAAAGCAACGAGAGUAAGCAUGGAAUGUUCAUCCGUGGUUUCGCUUCCGCGGUAUCCACGCUGCAGAGCAAGACCGUCUCCUUGAGCCACAUCUACGCCAGUGUCGAACAAGCUCUCAAGAAUCUCAGCACAUGCCCGUACGAUGCCGCCUCCUUCCAGUCACACCUGGACUCAGUCCAAAGCGCCGUGGAUCAGCUGAAUCUGGAGCGUUACGUGAACCUCGAUUUCUGGGUCGGUGGACUCAACGAGCGGAUCCAAGUUCUUCUGUUGGUCCGUCUGCAAACCGCCAUUUCUGCUUGGAUCGCAGCUUUUGAAGACAGUACGACAGCGACAGAGGAUGGCAAGCCGACGGGUCCAACCAUGCGUCACUUGAUCCUGGAGCUCGCCAUGCGUAACCAGGUCAUCUAUCUCGACCCGCCGCUUGAAUUCGCCCGCGCAAACUGGUUCGAGCAUCUUCAUAACUGGCUCGGUAUUGUUUGCAGUCUUCGCAUGAUCAAGGCCUCGCGUUAUCAGAUGACGCUGGCUACGUCUGCCGAGCCGGAGCGGCGCUUCACACAGCUACCGAGCGAAUGCGCCAGCAUGCUCCAGCGUGUCUACAUCGCUGUGGAGAAGAAGAUUACUGAAGUCAGUAAGUACGUGGACGAGUGGUUGCAGUUUCAGUCUUUGUGGGACCUGCAGUCAGAGCAAGUCUACGAUGCGCUUGGCGAGCAGCUGCCUAGAUGGCUAGAGCUGUUGCAGGAUAUUCGCAAAACCCGCUCUACGUUCGACACGCAGGAUGAUAGUCGAUCCUUCGGCCAUGUCACCAUUGACUACGGUCAAGUUCAGUCAAAGGUCAACGAUAAGUACGACCAAUGGCAGAAGGAGAUUCUGAUGAAAUUCGCGGUUCGUCUCGGCAAUCGCAUGCGAGACGUUCACGCCGAAAUCGAGCGAGCUCGCAAAAAUCUCGAGACCCAAAGCUCCGACGCGUCAUCUACCGAGCAGGCUGUCCAAUUCAUCACAGUCGUCCAGAGUUGCAAGCGCAAUGUCAAGUUGUGGGCGCCCGAGAUAGACAUGUUUCGCCAGGGACAGUCGACUCUUGUGAGACAGCGAUAUCAGUUCGCCAACGACUGGCUUCACAUUGAGCAGAUUGACAGUCAAUGGGAAGCCCUCAAAGAGAUUCUUGAGAAGAAGUCAAGGAUCGUCGAGGACCAGUCCGAUGCGCUUCGUGCCAAGAUCACCACUGAAGAUAAGCUCAUCGGUGAUCGAAUCAGUGAGGUCGUUGCCCAGUGGAACGAUGAAAAGCCUGUGUCGGGCACUAUCCCACCUGAUGAGGCUUCUGCUACCCUCACUGCUUUUGAGAGUAAGAUCUCCAAGCUUCAAGCAGACUUUGAUGCUGUUUCCAAAGCCAAGGAGGCAUUGGACAUCCCGAUCAGCUCCGAGACGUCAUUGACCGCUACUCUCGAGGAAGUUCGCGAUUUCCAGUCUGUGUGGUCGAACCUCUCUACAAUCUGGACGAGCCUGAAUGAGACCCGGGAUGUGCUCUGGACGGCUGUGCAGCCAAGAAAGAUUAGGGGCAAGAUCGACGAGCUUAUCAAGAGCACCAAAGACAUGCCGAGUCGAAUGAGACAAUACGCAGCCUUCGAGCAUGUGCAGGGGAUUUUGCGUAGUCUUUUGAAGGUCAACACUAUUCUGACUGACCUCAAGUCCGAUGCCAUCCGCGAGCGCCAUUGGCAGAAGAUCUACAAACAAAUCAAGCCUCAGAAGCGCUUCUCGCCCAGCUCCAUGACCCUGGGUGACGUUUGGGACCUCAAUCUUGUGGCCACUGAGGCCAUCGUCAAGGACAUUAUUGCACAAGCACAAGGCGAGAUGGCCCUCGAAGAGUUCCUGAAGCAAGUGCGCGAGACUUGGCAAAACUACGCCUUGGAAAUGGUCAACUACCAGAACAAACUCAAGCUCAUCCGCGGCUGGGACGAUCUUUUUGCCAAGUGCAGUGAGAACCUGAACUCUCUCCAGGCCAUGAAGCACUCCCCGUACUACAAGGAGUUCGAAGAAGAAGCCGUGUCUUGGGAGGACAAGCUGAACCGCGUUCACGUCCUUUUUGACGUAUGGAUCGAUGUGCAACGUCAAUGGGUCUAUCUCGAGGGUGUCUUCACCGGAAAUGCCGACAUCAAGCAUCUCCUACCCAUUGAGUCUGGUCGCUUCGCGAACAUCAACAGCGAAUUCAUGGCGGUGAUGAAGAAGGCUGCCAAGUCUCCCUAUGUGCUUGAUGUGCUGAACAUCCCGAACGCACAAAAGUCCUUGGAGCGUUUGGCCGAAAUGCUGAACAAAAUCCAGAAAGCACUUGGAGAAUACCUAGAGAAGGAACGUGUCUCAUUCCCUCGGUUCUACUUCGUUGGUGAUGAGGACUUGCUGGAGAUGAUCGGCAACAGCAACGACACGCUACGCAUUGCCAAGCACUUUAAAAAGAUGUUUGCUGGUCUGUCUGGCCUCAUCAUGGACGAAGAGACGGUCAUUUCAGGGUUUACCUCCAAGGAGGGCGAGAAGGUCAGGUUGAAGAAGGAAAUCUCACUGGCCAAGACUCCGCGCAUCAAUGACUGGCUGGCUCUACUGGAAGGUGGCAUGAAGUCUACUUUGGCGGAGCUGUUUGCCGAAGCCGUGGAGCAAUACAUGCCUAUCUUUGAGUCUUCGACCAUCGAUCGUGCCAUGCUCACCACAUUCAUGGAUGCAUUCCCCAGUCAGAUCGUCGUGCUAGCCACUCAGGCUGUCUGGUCCACGGCAGUCGAGAGCUCUCUUGCGGCUGGCGGCAAAGAUCUGCAAACACUCUUCGAGCGCGAGGUGCAGGUCCUCCGUGUCCUUGCCGACACGGUCCUGGGCGAUCUGGAGGUCCUCCAACGGAAAACUGCCGAGCAGAUGAUCACUGAAUGCGUUCACCAGCGGGACACAAUCGAGAAGCUUAUUCAGGCUCAAGCCGACACCACCAGCCACCAUCUCUGGCAGCUUCAGAUGCGAUACAUCUACAGUCCAGAGGGCGACUACCCCAACCGCUUGCACGUCAAGAUGGCCAAUGCCAGACUUAACUACGGCUUCGAGUAUCUGGGAGUGCCUGACCGCCUAGUCCGAACGCCAUUGACAGACCGAUGUUUCCUUACGCUUACUCAAGCUUUGGAACAACGCCUUGGCGGCUCGCCCUAUGGACCUGCCGGCACAGGUAAAACCGAGUCAGUUAAAGCUCUUGGUACACAGCUGGGUCGGUUCACCCUGGUCUUCUGCUGUGACGACACAUUCGACUUCCAGGCAAUGGGCCGCAUCUUCUUGGGUAUCUGUCAAGUCGGUGCCUGGGGCUGCUUCGAUGAGUUCAACCGUUUGGAAGAGAGGAUUCUGUCCGCCGUCUCGCAGCAGAUUCAAAACAUCCAGUUGGGUCUGAAGCAAGGUAUCGAGGACGAUAAGUCUGAAAUCGAGCUCAUCGGACGCCAACUGCACGUCAACGAGAAUACGGGUAUCUUCAUCACCAUGAACCCUGGCUACGCUGGACGUUCCAACUUGCCUGACAAUUUGAAGAAGCUUUUCCGCAGUGUGGCCAUGUCUAAGCCUGACAAGGAGCUCAUUGCCGAGGUCAUGCUGUACUCUCAGGGUUUCAACCAAGCCAAGGUCUUGUCUAAGCAGACAGUACCGUUCUUUGACCACUGUGCCAUGCAGCUGUCCAAGCAAGCGCAUUACGACUUCGGCUUACGUGCCCUCAAGAGUGUCCUUGUCAGCUCCGGUGGACUCAAGCGUGCGCGGCUCGGCGAGGGCAGCCUUGGUGUCGAAGAGGAUGUAGAGCCUGAAAUCAUUGUUCAGAGUAUUCGCGAGACCAUUGCACCCAAGCUUAUCAAGUCUGAUGUCGACAUCAUGAUAAAUAUUGAGAAGGACUGCUUCCCAGGUGUCAACUAUGUCCCUGCCAACCUGCACGCACUGGAGGAUGCUAUCCGCACCCUAGCUGCAGAACGCAACUUAGUUGUCACCGACAUCUGGAUGACCAAGGUUCUACAGUUGUACCAGAUCCAGAACAUUCACCAUGGUGUGAUGAUGGUUGGCAAUUCGGGUUCUGGCAAGUCUGCUGCUUGGCGACUCCUGCUCGACGCCUUGCAGAAGGUUGAGAAUGUUGAAGGCGUCUCUCAUGUCAUUGAUUCCAAGGUCAUGUCCAAGGAGGCCCUGUACGGUAACCUCGACUCCACCACCCGUGAGUGGACCGAUGGUCUGUUCACGAGUAUCUUGCGAAAGAUCGUCGACAACCUCCGUGGCGAAGAUUCGAAACGGCACUGGAUUGUAUUCGAUGGCGACGUCGAUCCCGAGUGGGUUGAGAACUUGAACAGUGUGCUCGACGACAACAAACUACUCACGCUUCCCAACGGAGAGCGUCUCAACUUGCCGUCAAAUGUUCGUAUCAUGUUUGAAGUCGAGACUCUCAAAUACGCCACUCUGGCUACGGUGUCUCGUUGCGGUAUGGUCUGGUUCAGCGAGGAAACAGUCACCAUAGAGAUGAUGAUCGACAAUUACCUGCAAACGUUACGCAACGUUCCGUUUGAAGAUAUCGACGAGGACAGUGUCGGUUCAGGAUCGAACUCAGCAAAGAACCUGGCUUUGCAAGGACAGGUGGCCGAUGUCCUCACCGUUGCCCUGAAAGACGAGAACUUCGCCGAAGAAGCACUGAAGAAAGCUCACGAUUACAACCACAUCAUGGAGUUCACAUCUGCACGAGUACUUACGACGCUCUUCUCGCUGCUGAACAAGGCCGUGAGAGACAUGGUUGAGUACAACGGUCAGCACACAGACUUCCCAUUGGAUAUUGACCAGAUCGAGGCAUUUGUUAGCAAAAGGGUUCUGCUCGCCUUGGUUUGGGCGUUUACUGGUGAUUGCCCCCUCGGCGACCGCAAAUCAUUCGGCGACGUUAUCUGCGGACUGGCCAACUUCGGGUCGCCUCCACUGGACGGCAGCAGCUCGCUCAUUGACUUCGACGUGAAACUACCCCGAGCUGAAUGGUCGCCAUGGCAGAACGAAGUGCCUUCUACUGAGGUCAACACUCAUGCCAUUAUUCAAACCGAUAUGGUUAUCCCGACGCUCGACACCGUCCGCCACGAGGAUGUUCUAUACUCUUGGUUGGCCGAGCAUAAGCCUCUUCUGCUCUGUGGUCCUCCUGGCUCUGGUAAAACAAUGACGCUGUUCAGUGCUCUCCGCAAGCUGCCCAACAUGGAAACCGUGGGUCUCAACUUUUCGAGUGCCACGACGCCUGAUCUAUUGAUCAAGACCUUUGAGCAAUACUGCGAGUACAAGAAGACACUGAAUGGCGUGAUGCUCUCCCCAACGCAGAUUGGACGCUGGCUCGUCAUCUUCUGCGACGAAAUCAACUUGCCGGCCCCAGACAAGUAUGGUACGCAACGGGCGAUUUCAUUCCUUCGCCAGCUCGUAGAGCACAACGGUUUCUGGAGAACCUCUGAUAAGUCCUGGGUGACUUUGGAUCGCAUCCAAUUCGUCGGAGCUUGCAAUCCCCCAACAGACGCCGGCCGUACUCCCCUGGGGGCUCGUUUCAUGCGUCACGCGCCACUCAUCAUGGUCGACUACCCUGGCGAGACAUCUCUCAAUCAAAUUUACGGCACUUUCAACUCGGCUGUACUCAAGAUUGUUCCUUCUCUGCGUGGCUAUGCCGACAAUCUCACACAAGCAAUGGUCAAGUUCUAUCUCGAAUCGCAAAAGCGCUUCACGCCCAAGAUUCAACCGCACUACGUCUACAGUCCUCGUGAGUUGACUCGCUGGGUUCGCGGUAUCUAUGAGGCCAUCAAACCACUCGAAACCUUGUCGAUUGAGGGCUUGAUCCGAAUCUGGGCUCACGAAGCCUUGCGCCUCUUCCAGGACCGUCUCAUAGCUGAAGAUGAGCGCAAGUGGACUGACGACGCUGUUCAUCGCAUUGCUCUUCAACACUUCCCUACUAUUGACGAAGAGAAGGCAUUGUCAGGCCCUAUUCUAUUCUCCAAUUGGCUUUCGAAGAACUACGUGCCUGUGGAUCGCGAGCAGCUGAGAGACUUCGUUAAAGCUCGUUUGAGGACCUUCUGUGAGGAAGAAGUUGACGUUCCUCUCAUCUUGUUUGACGAUGUCUUGGAGCAUGUCCUACGCAUUGACCGUGUCUUCAGACAACCACAGGGUCAUUUGAUCUUGAUCGGUGUGAGUGGUAGUGGCAAGACGACACUGUCACGCUUUGUUGCUUGGAUGAACGGACUUCGCGUCUUCCAGAUCAAAGUUCACGGUAAGUAUACCGCCGAGGACUUUGAUGACGACCUUCGAGACGUUCUGCGCCGCUGUGGCUGCAAGGGUGAAAAGAUCUGCUUCAUCAUGGACGAGGCCAAUGUCCUCGACUCUGGGUUCUUGGAGAGGAUGAAUACCCUCCUGGCAAACGCUGAAGUUCCAGGUCUGUUCGAAGGCGAUGACCAUGCGGCGCUUAUGACUGCCUGCAAGGAGGGGGCCCAACGCCAGAACUUGCACCUGGACUCCCAAGAGGAGUUGUACAAGUGGUUCACUCAGCAAAUUGUCAAGAACUUGCACGUCGUUUUCACGAUGAAUCCUCCUCAAGAUGGCUUGUCUUCCAAGGCCGCGACGUCGCCUGCCUUGUUCAAUAGGUGUGUCCUCAACUGGUUUGGAGACUGGUCGGACCAAGCCCUGUUCCAGGUUGGUCAUGAGCUCACGCACUCUAUCGACUUGGAUCGCCCCAACUACCAAGCUCCCGAUACAAUUCCUGUCGCCUACCGUGGUCUGCAAUUACCUCCGUCGCAUCGCGAGGCUAUUGUCAACUCGAUGGUUCACAUCCAUUACUCGCUUCACCACUACAACCAAAAGCUGUUCAAGCAGCAAGGCAAGGUCACGUUCCUUACGCCUCGCCACUUCUUGGAUUUCGUCGGCCAAUAUGUCAGACUGUAUAAUGAGAAGCGCGAGGACCUGGAAGAGCAACAGCGUCACUUGAACAUUGGUCUGGAAAAGCUCCGGGAUACCUUCGACAAGGUGCGAGAUCUGCGAGAGAGUCUGGCAGUGAAGAAGACACAACUAGAAACCAAGGAAGCCGAGGCGAACGAGAAGUUGCAGAAGAUGGUGGCAGAUCAGCGCGAGGCCGAAUCGAGGAAGAAGGCAUCGGAGGAGAUCCAGGUACACUUGGAGAAACAGGAAACAGAGGUUGCUUCGCGCAGGAAAGUUGUGCUCGAGGACUUGGCCAAGGCUGAGCCUGCUGUCGAAGAAGCAAAGGCCAGUGUGCAAAACAUCAAGCGUCAACACUUGACCGAAGUCAGAGCGAUGGGCAAUCCACCUGCUGGUGUCAAGCUGGCCAUGGAGGGUGUCAUCACCCUGCUAACGAACAAGAGCGUGCAAGACUGGAAAACUGUGCAGGGAGAGAUCCGCAAGGACAACUUCAUUGCCAACAUCCUGAACUACAACAGCGACAAGAUGGCCAAGUCCUUCCGCGAAAGAAUGCGUAGAGACUUCCUGAACAACCCGGAGUUCACCUUCGAAAAGGUGAACCGUGCGUCGAGAGCCUGCGGUCCUCUCGUACAAUGGGUCACUGCGCAGGUCGAGUAUUCGGAUAUCUUGGAUCGCGUCGGUCCACUCAGGGAGGAAGUCGAUAAGCUCGAGGAGGAGGCCCUGAAGACCAAAGCAGAGGCCAAGGCUGUGGAGAACAACAUUAUCGAACUCGAAGCGAGCAUCAACACGUACAAAGAGGAGUAUGCUGCACUUAUCAGCCAGACGCAGGCGAUCAAGUCUGAAAUGUCCAAGGUGCAGUUUAAGGUUGACCGCAGUGUCAGGCUGCUCGACAGCCUGUCUUCAGAAAGGACGCGGUGGGAGGAUGGCAGCAAGUCUUUCGAGACGCAGAUCAGCACCUUGGUUGGCGAUGUCCUGAUCGCCGCUGCAUUCCUGGCCUACAGUGGUCUCUACGACCAAACGCUUCGAAAGUCCAUGGUCGAAGAUUGGUUCCAUCAACUUCACCUUUCUGGCAUCCAAUACAAGUCUCACAACCCUGUUACCGAGUAUUUGUCAACAGCCGAUGAGCGUCUUGGAUGGCAAGCAAACGGACUGCCAGUGGACGACCUGUGCACGGAGAAUGCGAUCAUGCUCAAGCGCUUCGAGCGAUACCCGCUCAUCAUUGAUCCGCCGGGUCGCACUCUGGAGUUCUUGCAAAAGGAAUGCCAGGACCGUCGCUUGACAGUCACAAGCUUUUUGGACGAUACUUUCACCAAGCAAUUGGAGAGUUCGCUUCGUUUUGGCAACCCCAUCCUCAUCCAAGAUGCCGAGCAUCUCGAUCCCAUCCUGAACCAUGUGCUCAACAAGGAGUAUCAGCGCACUGGUGGCCGUGUGCUCAUCCAGCUCGGCAAGCAGGAGAUUGAUUUCUCGCCAUCGUUCAAGUUGUACCUAUCCACACGCGAUCCCUCUGCAACCUUCCCUCCGGACAUUUGCAGUCGUACUACCUUGGUCAACUUUUCAGUCACGCAGAGCAGUCUCCAAACUCAGUCUCUGAAUGAUGUGCUGAAGUCGGAGCGCCCUGACGUGGACAAGCGUCGCUCCGACUUGAUCAAAGUGCAGGGCGAGUUCAAGGUUCAUCUCCGACAGCUUGAGAAGCGUCUUCUUCAAGCUCUCAACGAGUCUCAGGGCAACAUCCUCGACGAUGACAACGUUAUCGAAACACUCGAGAAGCUCAAGAACGAAGCGGCUGAGAUUUCAGACAAGAUGAGCAAGACGGAGGGUGUCAUGGGCGAGGUCGACGAGAUCACGCAGCAAUACAGUGUCAUUGCCAAGUCUUGCAGUGCUGUGUUUGCUGUUCUCGAGCAGUUGCACUUCCUCAACCACUUCUAUCAGUUCUCAUUGCAGUACUUUAUCGACAUCUUCCAGUCCGUUCUGCACAACAACAAGAACCUCGACGCCGAGACGGACCAUGACCGGCGCAGAGACGUCAUUGUCAAGGAUCUCUUCGUCAAGACUUUCAAGAGGACAGCCCUCAGCUUGCUGCAAAAGGACCGCGUCACUCUCGGCAUGCUUCUUGCCCAAGCCUCGCCGUACAAGAUGGAUAAGACACUGAUUGACGCCAUUCUCGACAGCCGCGUCGAGGGCAAGGAUCUCUCCACUGAUCCUGAGUUCAAAGACGAGGCCUUCACCGCUGCUAGGAAACUGCCCGCCCUCAAGGAACGGCUUGACAGUGUAGCUGCCGACAAAUGGACGCAGUUCUUUGAAGAGGAGCUUGCCGAGAACUUUGUUCCCGAGAUCUGGGACCUUAAAACCGAGGAGGCAGACCAGGCCCUGAUUUCGCUGCUCCUCGUCAAGAUGUUCCGAAUGGACCGGUUCGUCCCUGCGGCCGAACGAUUCGUUGCCCGGGUCUUGGGCGCCGACAUCUUUGACCUUGUGGAGGAUCUCAACCACACAGUGUCCGGGGUCUCGGCGACUCUGCCAAUCUCGCUCGUGUCAAGCCCCGGUUUCGAUGCAAGCUACAAGGUCGACAGUCUGGUCGAGAAGAUGCGCAUCAGCUGUACGAACAUUGCCAUGGGCUCCAAUGAAGGUGUCACGAGUGCCGACAAGGCCAUUACAAAUGCUGCUCAGAAUGGCUCAUGGGUUCUAGUCAAGAAUGUGCACCUUGCCCCUACUUGGCUGCAGAGCUUGGAGAAGCGCAUGGAAGCUCUGAACCCGCACUCUGACUUUAGGCUCUUCCUGUCUAUGGAGUCUAGUCUCAAAAUCCCGGUCAACCUGCUGCGUGCCUCGCGAAUCCUCAUGUAUGAGCAGCCGGCUGGUGUCAGGGCCAACAUGAAGGACUCCUUGUCGUCCCUCUCGACGCGCAGCUCGAAGAGCCCUGUUGAAAGAACGAGGUUGUACCUGCUCAUCUCCUUCCUGCAUGCUGUUGUCCAGGAGAGGCUGCGAUACGCGCCGAACCUUGGUUGGAAGGGAUUCUGGGAGUUCAACGAUAGCGACUACGAAUGCUCGGCAUUCAUUGUUGAUGUCUGGCUGGACAGCGUGGCUGGCAACAGGAGCAACAUUGCUCCUCAGAACAUUCCCUGGGAGAUGAUCCGCUAUCUAGUGACAGAGACAUACGGUGGCAAGAUUGACGACGAGCAUGACUUCAAGCUACUCAAUCAGCUCGUCGUCCAAUUCCUGACACCUGAAGCUUACGACGUCGAUCACAAGCUAGUGGAUAGUCCCGAAGGUGGUCUUCUGGUGCCAUCAGGCACGAACCUACAAGACUUUAUGCAGUGGGUUCAGAAGCUACCCGAGCGCGAGCCCCCGACAUACCUGGGCCUACCUGCCAAUGCAGAGAAGUUGUUGCUAGUCGGAUUGGGCCGCAGCCUGAUAGGCAACCUGCGCAAGGUCACAGAGCUGCUUGAUGAGGGAGAGCAGCUCGUGACCGAUGCGUGA